GUUGGGGGCGUUCAGUGGUGGAGGGACGGUUGUGUGGUGUCUUGGGAGACCUUAUUGGCUAGCGUUUAGGGGGUGAGAAGGGGCGCUGCCCGAGAGCUUUAAUGGCCUUCGACUCUGAGGAUGCCCCAUUCCCGAGUCAGGCCUGACCCGGGUGAGCCCCAGGUAAAAUCCAGGGGCUGAAGUGCCGAGACACCGAAACUGCAGCCUCGCUCCCGCGGGAGCUUCACCUUUCUCAGCGUUUGCUGCCAGUUGGUGACGUUUCUCGGCCCAGGUAGCAAGCGUCCAGGGCAGGAGUCAGGGCUUGGCUUCCUUUUCCUUACCUCCUGCCAUGUGCCUGCUGCCCCUAGGGGCCUGGCGACAGCACCCAGUGCUUGCACCGCAGGGAGAGCGCCUUCCUGGGGUCAGUCCUCCACCAGUGGGACAAGGCGCUCAACGGCAAGUGGGGCCCUGAGGUCUGGAGUUUCCCGCACCUGUGAACACUCUGAUAACCUCGACUGGGCUAACACACUCUUAGGUGCUCAAUAAACACUUAGGGUUUAAUACACCUUGAAAAUCAGUUUCCACCCCAUCCCUAGAGAGGUAAGUAAACUGAAGUCUAAAGACGUUCAGUGACCUGGUCAAGUCAACUGAACUAAUCUGUGUUGAAAGGCCCUGCAGCCUUUCUGAUGGCGUACAUUUAGGCGAGAAUCUAGGGUUUUAUUAUUUUAAAAGCUGGACGCUUUGGAGAAAGUUAUUUGCUUUAUCAAGCGUUAUCAAAUUUAGAAGCUCAGCGUUUUAUCUUUUGUGUGGUUCCUUGAUUAUAGUCAGGUGGUUUAGGGGAUGUUUUCCACUCAACAGUAUUUGAGUGUUUUUCUUGAUACCUUGUUUUCAACACAUACACACUGACAAAUUGUCACUUUUACAGAUUUUAGAUUCCCUUUCCUAGAGCUGCCAAUAAGCACCAAAAUAAAUAGGUAGAAGUAUCAGGUAAGUUACAUAUCACACUGUAGCAAUAAAGUAUCUCCUUCAUUUUGUGGAAAAAUUAGAGCAUUGUAUAGAACCUUAGAUCAGCUUCUUGGUUUAGAUGUAAAGGUACAGUUAAACAUAUGCUUUAGUUUCAGUUUACCAAGACUUAAUAAACUGGAAUUUGCAUUUGGAUGAGGUUCCCCCUCUCCCAGAAGCUUUUUUAAAAACAGUGUUGGCAUCAAGGAGCCCUGGUGGUGCAGUGGUUAAGACCUUAGCUGCAAACGAAAAGGUCAGCAGUCUGAAUCCACCAGCUGCUCCUUGGAAACCCAGUGGGGCAGUUCUACUCUGUCCUAUAGGGUUGCUAUGAGUCAGGAUCUAUUUGAAGGCAAGGCCUUUUUUUUAAGUAUCAAGAAUUCAAAGUAAUAUUUCAUAGAGAUUAUAGAGCAUUUUUUUUUUUGUCCCAUAUAUUGAAGAAAAUCUAUGGGAAAAAAAUCCCUAAUAACAGGAAAAUAGCAUCAAAAUAGUCAGCCCUGUAUUAUGUUAGAUAUUUGUUAGGAAAAGGGAUUGCUGAUUUUUAUUUUAGUUGAGUUUGCCAGAAGGAACGGAGUAAUGGGAGGGAUUCGUGAAUGGCAGGAAGCGCCAUGAGUAGAAGUGGGUUGUUUGUACAUAUAUUUCCAUCUCUCUUAAAAAGAAGAUUGGCAGUUCAUAUCCACCAACUGCUUCUUGGAAACACUAUGGAGCAGUUCUACUCUAUCCUAUUGGGUCAGUAUGAAUCUGAAUCAACUCAACAGCAAUGGGUUUUUAAUGGGAAAUUUUAGAAAUCUCCUACACUUAGAGUCCCUUAGUGCACUGAAGAAUUAUUAAUAAUUGCUGAUGUCUAAAAAAUUGCUGAUCUCUACUUAUAAUUUAUUCUUACUAUUGUCGGAAAAUGUUCUUUCUACUUUGUAAGAUUUACAUUGAACUAAGCUUUUACAGUUAAUGUUUUAGCUGAAUAUUAUGAAUAGUAAUUUAAGUUUACACCUUAGUGGUGAAAAAGAUUUCCUUUUUUCCCAAGUACUCCAAAUGUUUUAUUGGUUAAAAAAAUAAUUUUUAAAUUUUACUCGUCCUAAAAUAAUCACAGUAACAUUUUAAAUUCAUGUGUCUGGUUCGCUUUAAGCUUUAGUAAGUGCUUAAUGAUUUACUGUUUCUCAGUGUGUGGUAAACAUUCCACAAGUGUAUGCUUGAUAAUUUUUCUUGGUACAGGGAUAUGUGUCUGUUUUAAUUUUAAUAAUUACGCAUUUAUUUUGGAGGUUUCUUUUCUGAUGGCAAGCAAUUCAAAGUUUUCUUUUUAAAUACAUCUAAACCGAAAUGCCAUUUUAUUUAAAAGAAAAAUAGUAAUAAUAUUGUUUAAUAUACAUGUUCUUGGCAAUAAUAAAACAAAUAGUAUGUGAAUGCUGACAUUUGAAGAUCACUGCAAUUGUAUUUAUAUUAAAUGACUGCGAUCACUUAAGAAUAAAAGUUUUUUUUCGUUCAAGUCCCCCAACUCUUCACUGGUCCUGUAUAUGUUACGGAGGAACGGAAAAGAGAAGCUAGGCAACCUCUAGUGGCUACAGUUGCAUGGUGCAUGUACCUUAAAAAACAAAAAAAAAUCCCACAGUUGCUACGGAGUCAAUUCCAACGCACCUUAGAAAUGAUAAUUUUAAAUAAUUUAUGCACCAACACUUACAUUCUUAUUGAAUGCCUAGGUAUAGAUAGAUGCUGUGUUGUAGUUCUAGGAGAAAAAGGAUACAAGCACCAUCCGACUGUCGUGGAACUAUGGUGAAGUGACAGAGACAGGCAUUAAUCGAAAUGUAAUUACAAACUCUACAAGUAAAGGUUUUGGUUUCUAUCUUGGACUGCAUUGAAGACUUCUCUGAAGAAGUGGUGCUUGAAAGCUUAAGGAGAUUUUAGGAGUCAAUGGGAUUAGAGAGAGCAGAGGCCAGGUUGUAGACCGCAUUGUACAGAGAGGAAUCGCACCUAUGAAUAUUUUCUAGGAGGUAAGGGCAUAGGAUAUUUGAAAUGAAAGAAAAUCAAUAUGGUGUGAUAUAAUAAAGCAAGAGGGAGAUCUAUAAGAAGAGGCUAGAAAGGGAGGCAGAGCCCAGUCUUUGUGAUAAAGAUUUUGAUAUCGGUUAAGAUGAGGCUGGGGAGAACCAUGGAAGGGUUUUAUACAAGGAGUAAAAGGAUCACAUUUACAUUUUGAAAAAAGGAAAACAGAACAAAAAAGCAAUACUCUUGCUACACUGGAGGAAAGGAUCACUGAAUAACCAGAAUGGAUAUGAAGAGAUCUAUUAGUGUAUUGGAGCUCUGGUGGCACAGUAGUUAAGAGCUUGGCUGUUAACCAAAAGGAUGGUAGUUCGAAUCCAGCAGCUGCUGCUUGGAAACCCUAUGGGGCAGUUCUAUUCUGUCCUGAGUCAGAAAUGACUCAACGGCAAUGGGUUUGGGUGGCAGUGGGGAUAAAGACAAAUGAAUGGAUUCAUGAAACAUAAAAUAAUAUUGCUGGAUUAAGUAUGGAAAGAAAAGGAGAGUACAGAGAAUGGCUCCUGCUUCUUUGACUUACAUACGUGGGUGGAAAGUGGUGCUAUCACAUGAGAUUAUGAACACUAAGGAAGUUAGGAGGGUAGUAGACAAAGGUUAGAGGGAACAUAGUGAGUUUGGUUUUUGACAUACUCAAUUGGAGAGUCUUUGAAAUAUCUGUUGCACAGGUAAUAACUGACAUUCAAGGUUAUGAACUAAACUGCUUGGAAGUCAAGAGUGAGAUGACAAGAGGACAUAAGAACAAACUUUGAGUAACUCCAAAAUUGAAUGACCAGAGACCCUUCUACAUAGGUCAGAGUAGUAGAAGGAAAACUGAAGGAGUGAUGUUCACAGAAACCAAGGGAUGAGAGCUACUAGAAAAAGGUAUUUUGCCAUGGUGCUAUUUUUCAUGAUAUGAUUUUUCAGGUCAGCAUGAAUAAGAUGUGUCUGUAAUUAUAAUACCUCAUCUUCAGUGGUUCUCAGCAAAGGGGCACUGUAUAUAACUAAUGCUACUACAUUAUGAAUAAGUUUUUUUUCUUGAAUGUUAAUUAGUAACACUGGAUAUGCUGCUGUUUUUUAUUUUGGGAUUACUUGUGCAUUUUGUGUUCUUCGCCUCCAUCUUUGACAUUUAUUUUACGUCUCCUUUGGUUCAUGGGAUGACUCCUCAGUUUACACCAUUGCCUCCUCCAGCGAGAAGGUUAGUGUUAUUUGUUGCUGAUGGCCUGCGAGCAGAUGCACUUUAUGAAUUAGAUGAAGAUGGAAAUUCCAGAGCACCAUUUAUCAGGAAUAUCAUAGUGCAUGAAGGCAGCUGGGGGGUCUCUCAUACACGUGUGCCAACGGAAUCUAGACCAGGGCACGUAGCCCUGAUUGCCGGAUUUUAUGAAGAUGUCAGUGCUGUUGCCAAAGGAUGGAAGGAAAAUCCUGUAGAAUUUGAUUCUCUUUUUAAUGAAAGCAAGUAUACAUGGAGCUGGGGAAGCCCAGAUAUCUUACCUAUGUUUGCCAAAGGUGCUAGUGGAGACCAUGUUUAUACACACAGUUAUAGUGCUGAAAGAGAGGAUUUUGGUGCCCGUGAUGCAACAAAACUGGAUACCUGGGUUUUUGAUAAUGUUAAGGACUUCUUUCAUGCUGCCAGAAACAACCAGUCUUUGUUUUCUAAGAUAAAUGAAGAGAAAAUAGUUUUUUUCUUGCAUUUAUUAGGAAUAGAUACAAAUGGGCAUGCUCAUAGACCCUACUCAAGGGAAUACAAAGACAAUAUUAAAAAAGUAGAUGAUGGAGUGAAAGAAAUCGUGUCCAUAUUUAAGCAUUUUUAUGGAAAUGAUGGGAAAACCACAUUUAUCUUUACCUCUGAUCAUGGAAUGACAAACUGGGGUUCCCACGGGGCUGGUCAUCCUUCGGAGACUUUAACUCCUUUAGUCACGUGGGGAGCUGGAAUCAAGUAUCCCCAAAGAGUGUCAGCUCAGCAAUUUGAUGAUACAUUUUUGAAAGAAUGGAAAUUGGAGAACUGGAAGAGGCUCGAUGUCAAUCAGGCUGAUAUUGCACCAUUGAUGGCUUCCCUUAUUGGAGUUCCCUUUCCCCUUAAUUCAGUGGGUACUCUUCCUGUGGAUUACCUGAACAACACUGAUCUGUUCAAAGCAGAGAGCAUGUUUACAAAUGCAGUCCAGAUUCUUGAACAGUUCAAGGUGAAAAUGACUCAGAAGAAAGAAGUUACGUUAUCGUUUUUUUUUACUCCAUUUAAGUUACUUUCUGAUUCUAAACAGCUCAACAUUUUAGGAAAAGCAAGAUCUUACAUAAAACAGCAAAAAUAUGAUGAAGCAGUCUCCCUUUGCAAGGAGCUGAUUCAUCUUGCAUUGAAAGGAUUGUCCUAUUAUCACACUUAUGACAGAUUUUUUUUGGGCAUCAAUGUUGUUACUGGUUUUGUGGGAUGGACAUCUUAUGUUUCUUUGUCAAUCAUCAAGUCUCAUUCCAACCUUACAAGAGGUGUCAGUAAAGAAGUUAAGAAACCAAGCCAUCUCCUGCCAUGUAGUUUUGUAGCUAUUGGCAUUUUAGUAGUAUUUUUCCUGCUGAUUCAAGCCUGUCCCUGGACUUACUAUGUGUAUUGUUUGUUGCCAGUGCCCAUAUGGUAUGCAGUUCUAAGAGAAUUUCGAGUUAUUCAGGACCUUGUUGCAUCACUGUUGACCUUUCCUCCGAGUCAUUUUGUUGGCUAUCUGUUAGCCUUUACCUUGGGAAUUGAAGUAUUAGUUCUCAGUUUUUUCUACCGCUAUAUGCUUACAGCUGGACUCAUUGCAUUUGCGAGUUGGCCAUUUUUCACCCGGCUGUGGACUCAAGCAAAGAUCGCUUCACUGAGUUGGACUUUCUUCUCUUUGCUUCUGGCGGUGUUCCCGCUGAUGCCUGUUGUAGGACGAAAACCAGAUAUCUCCCUCGUAAUGGGUGCAGGCUUGCUGGUUCUUCUGCUAUCUCUGUUUGUCAUAACGUCUCUCAUAAAAAGAAAAGAUAAUUUUGUUAAUGAAGAGCUAUUGGUACAUCUAUUACAGAUGCUGAGCACAGUGCUUUCCAUGCUUGUUGUGUAUAGCACUCACAGCAGUCUACUCAGGAAACAAGGACUGCCCCUUCUGAAUCAGAUUGUCAGCUGGACAAUUCUAGCGUCCUCCUUGGUUGUGCCACUGCUGAGUCCCACGAUUCUCUUUCAGCGACUGUUUAGCAUACUGCUUUCCUUGAUGUCCACCUACCUACUACUAAGCACAGGAUAUGAAGCCCUAUUUCCAUUAGUAUUGUCAUGCUUGAUGUUUGCCUGGAUAUACAUGGAACAGGAAACCCUACAACAGUCUGUUGUUUCCCAUAGACAGAAGCUCACCAGUAUUGAAUUUUCCUGUAAUAUGGAUAUAACUCAGUUUCGACAGCUCUAUCUGGAUGAUAUCCGCAGGGCCUUUUUCCUUGUUUUCUUCCUAGUGACAGCAUUUUUUGGAACUGGUAAUAUAGCAUCUAUUAACAGCUUCGACCUUGCCUCUGUCUAUUGCUUUCUGACCGUGUUUAAUCCUUUUAUGAUGGGAGCCCUGAUGAUGUGGAAGAUUUUAAUCCCGUUUGUUCUUGUGAUGUGUGCUUUUGAAGCAGUUCAGUUAACUACACAGUUGUCAUCAAAAAGCCUUUUUCUCAUUGUUCUCGUUAUAUCGGACAUUAUGGCUCUGCAUUUUUUCUUCUUGGUCAAGGAUGAGGGCAGCUGGCUUGACAUUGGAACAAGCAUCAGCCACUAUGUGAUUGUCAUGUCCAUGACCAUAUUUCUGGUGUUUCUCAAUGGCCUGGCACAGCUACUCACGACAAAGGAACUCAAACUGUGUGGCAAAUCCAAAAGCCAUCUUAUAUGAUGUUGCUGAAGUCAUCAUUCAGCGUCUGGAUCCUAUUUUCUCAUUCUCCUUGUAAACUCUGGCAUGCCAUAAAAUCCCAUCUAGGAUUCAGUGGGAAGAUGGAUAUUGAUGUGUAUACCAUAUUCUGUUCCUAUAAGGGAAAUUGUGUUUGGAAUUCUGAAUUUACAGUUUAUGGGCAAUAAAGGAGUUUCCUUUUUC